UGGGUGGCCUAUUCCGGAGACCACAGACUCGAAGAGCGAACAAAGGCGGCGUUCGCGCGGCUCGGGCGGAUUCCCGUUGUGGUCGGGUGCGUGGAUGGUACGCUCAUCGCCAUCCAGAAGCCCCAUGGCCUGAGCUCCGCGGACACGACGCAUUACAUGUCGCGGAAGGGAUUCUACGCAUUCAACACCAUGAUCACAUGUGAUGCCGACCUCUGGAUUCUGGAUGUCAGUCCAUGUUUCCUGGGGUCAUGUCAUGACUCAUGGGUAUGGUGGGGGAGCCCUCUCCGUCAGCACCUGGAAGCAAUACUGCGGCUUGCUUGGAGACUCCAGCUAUCCAUUAGAACCGUGCCUCCUGACACCAGUGCCCGGACGACCAGCUCCUGGCACCCCUGAGAACUACUACAACAAGGCCCACACCGCCAUGCGCACUGUUGUGGAGAGGUGCAUCGGGGUCCUAAAGAGCAGGUUCCAAAGCUUACAGCGUUAUCGGACCCUGCUCUACAAUCCCGAUCGAGCAGCCACCAUCAUUGCUGCUUGUGCAGCUCUGCACGAUAUUGCGUUGGCGGCACAUGAGCCUGUUCUCGAAGGGCACGAUGACGGCACCGACGAUGCUGAGCUGCUGCCAGCAGCAGCUGACCUACCACCACCACCACAACGGGAGCCAGCAGCAGCGCAACCGCGUAGUGAACCUGUUUCGAGGACCACAGGGCCUGCAUGCCGAGCACCUGCGCAGAGUACGCCGCCGCCUGCAACGACCUCGGCAGCAUUGUGUGGUGGCUUCCGCUGCAAUGAGGGCCCGGGCGAGGGUACCAACGCCUUGCAGUUCGUGGACCACGUCACCGAGAAGUUGAACCUGGUGCAGCUUUCCAAUGAUGCCUGGCCCUGCCGCCUGGUGUUUGCGGCUAGUAACUCCAGCGCCUUGGCCUGCCGGUUGCCCACAUCUCGCAGCUGCGGCAUGAGCUGGAAACCAAGAAAUGUGUUGCCAUUAUCAUCUAUAAAUUUCCUGCUACCGACUCUUCGCUGGAAGCUUAUGUUCGUGAAGAGUUUCAGUGUGUGCAACAAUUUCCUCUCUGUUGAAAAUCCACUGACCCAACGGCAUCCAUGAAUGGUGCUUGGUUCACCGCACAACCAACGCACUUCGUUUGGACAGACCAAAGCGGUGCCGAAAUUCAUUUUCGCUCAUCUCAUCAAACGCAUCUCACACCUCUAACCACCUCUGCAUGAGAAGCAACCAAACAGCCCUUUUCAGGGCUGCACAAUCGUUUGCCCGGCUUUACGCGAUGACUGACACAAUCUCCUUCCGAAACCCUAGCUGCUGCAGUAUGCAAAACAUACAGCAAGCAGGUGUAACACAGGUGCAAACAUGUGCAUUUGUGUAUGAUGGCUAUGUGAAGAAGUUAUAUAA